CGGCGUACACUAUUUCAGCCCAACCAGGUCCAUCACGUACACCUGUGGAGUUGUCACAUGAUCGCCUUUUUAACACCGAACUAAUUUAUGGAAAACAUCAAAGUUAUAAUCUGAUUUCAGGAUACCAUUCUAAUAUAAAGACCUGUUGAAGUUUUAAUCUACUGUCACGAGUGCAAACAGAACAACGGAAGCAGCUGUGUGUCCAUAGGUGAGAUACUGCGAUACAGACAUUAUAAACGGAGAACAUCACAAUCAUGUCCACAAAGAAGUAUCCUGGUGACACAGACGAGGCUCAUCCUGAGAAAUUUAACAUAAGUGCAAUGCCACCUCAACCCACGGAGAAGAAGCCAGGACAACUUCCUGAGGACAUGAUCAAACAGUUCUUCACCGAGGGCUUUGUAAUUGUGGAAGACUUCUUCAAGGCAGAGGAGCUGGAGGCUUGCAAGGAUGCUAUCAAACGACUAAUUGACGAAAUGGCUCUCAAGCUGUACAAUGCUGGCAAAAUCAAGAAACUUUACAAGGAGUAUGGAUUCUUUGAGAGACUGUCAAUUAUUGAAAAGGAGUUCCCUGGCGCCAACAUAGUCCUCCACAAGCUGGGGUCGAUGCCUUUGGAAAUACAACAACUAUGGUCCAACGAGAGACUUCUAAACGUUGUUGAGCAGCUGAUUGGUCCCGACAUCAUUGGACAUCCAGUGUGGAACCUUCGCACCAAGACACCUCAGAAUGAGGCUACGACAGUUCCAUGGCAUCAAGAUGUUGGUUACCUUGACAACAGUUCGUACACUGUACUCCAGCCCACGGCCUGGAUCCCCUUGCUGGACACUGAUGAGAACAACGGCUGUAUGCAGAUGGCAGGCAGGGGCCACAAGACUGGCAAGAUAGCCACCCACCAGUGUUGUCAUGGCGGCACCUGGUACGUGAUGCUGGAGGAGGAGGAGAUGAAGAAAAAGCUAGACAUAGACGUUGACAAGGACAUACAGAUUUGCCCCAUACCUUAUCGAGGAAUGCUGCUCUUUAACAAUCUGAUACCACACAGGAGCCUUCCAAACAUGUCUAAACAGAUACGUUGGAGUUUUGAUUUAAGAUGGCAGAGACCUACGGAGCCGGUCGGAUUUUACGGUAUCAAGGAAGGUAUACUGAUGAGAUCGUCCAAGGACCCAGACAUGGCGAUAGACUGGGAGGAGUUUAACGCGCUAAACAGACACACAAAAGCCAAGGAAGUGGUCGCCGAACAUGAUCAAGAGAUUGACGAGUUUGACAUCACCAUACAGGGACCGUGGAUGAAAAAAUGGGAAAUUGUACAUGUCAAUCAUCAUGUGAAUGCUCAUCAUGCACAGGAAGGCGACCCUUCAAAGUGGACCCAUGCAUAGGUCAAACAAAGGUCAAACAAAGGUUGUGCGCAGGACAGUUGUCUUAUUGACAUGUAAAGAUGGGUGUCCAGGGUUUUUCGGUAUUUUCAAGCAUCAUCGACACACAUUUCUGACCAAAGGCACAUUUCCUUUGUGGUAUAGGAGGGGUCUGUGUUUGAGUCAAGAGUUCUAAGAUGUGUAGUCAAAUCAAUAUUUAUGCAGACAGUACAUAACUUUUACCUUUUUAUACAUAGAAUCGCCUGUAGAAAUUAUAUAAGGUGACAUUUGUUUAAAUAAAUGCAGCUAUAUAUCAUGGUCCCAAACUAAGUCUGAACUAUUUUCCAUUGUUUUAGGACUUUAGAAUUGACUUUCACUUAUGCUUUUUAUAGAAAUUUAAGUACUUCUUUGACACCUAAAAAAUGACCAUGAAACUUAAUAUCUUUUAGGUGAUUGAUUAUUGCUGUUAGGGGAAACCAUUUUAAAAUCGCCUGUCAUAAUGGUCUGAUUGAUACUUUCGGCAGCAGAUUUUUGUGGAAGUUGACAGGCAUUGGCUUUAGUUAUAGCAUGUGUGUUCAAAUGUUUACUUAUUGUCAUGGUAAUGGCAAACAACAUCAGACACCAGGCAUUACGCUUAUACUACACACAUAUUAAUUUGCAGUACAAGCAUGUUUAUCAUAAUUUACAGAGUUGUAUUUAUUGCUGUUAAAUUGUUGUUGAUAUUUUCUCUUUGUAAAAUAUUCUUGUCAAUCUUACAAGUUCUCAGGAAACAUAAGGCCUAGACACAAUUUUUCACAGAUGGCCGAUUUUCAGAUAUUUUUUUAUUGAUACCUAUGACCCUUGUUCAUGGCAUUUCUCCGUUCUAGGGUUUCACAAUACUCAAUAUUGACAAUAAUGAGUCACAAUACCUUUAACUAACCAAAAACAUAUUUUAUACUGUGUUAAAUAUUCAUUUAAGUGUUCAAAAACUUUAUUUUUAACUUUAUUCUGAUUUUAAAUGAACAUAAUAGCUUUCCAUAAGCGUUUUUGUUUGCACCAUAAAUAUUAUAUAUUUCAAAUUAAUGCAAAUUGUUACCAGAUCAUAAAAUAUUUGAAAAUAAUGAGAACUGUUUAUGAAUAAUAAAUCUUUGAAUAAUAUGUAAAUUAAGAAAGAUCUUUCUCAAACUAAUAAAGUAGGUAAACUUUUCUCAUAAAGAAAUAAAAACAUGACCACAUGCAAGAGUCCUUGGCAGAGGCGAAGCUAUUGUUUGUCUCCCUACCUAAAAAGUACCCAGGUACUUUAUCAUUUAACCAGCAUUUAGUGUCAUAGGAAAUAUAACAGAGUGGAUACUAUAUUAACCAGAAUAAGUUAUGUGUAUUUGUAUAUUUUGCACAUACCACAUGUAAAUUUGAAAAACAAUAUGUUAUUUGCCUAACCAUAAUUAUGUACUGUUGAUAUAUUUAGCUUGUAUUAUAACCGGUCUUGACACCCAAUAUGUGAAAAGUUCAGUUAGUGGACUAGGGUUUACCUGUGUGGACAUUUUUUGUGGAAUAUGUUCUUGCCUGACAGUUCUCUCCAUUACAUACAAGCAGUGCAACUUAAUUCAUUCACCCCUGAAAUUUCAUAAUAAACUUUUCCAACCUUUGAACUGGAAGAGUUCAAUGUGUCUUCAGGGGUGAAUGAGUGAAACCAGAGAUUAUUGAUCAAUAUGAAGAUAUGACUAUAUAAACAGAGUGCCUUCAUUUCUGUGUAAUCAACCUUAUCGAUUUACAAAACAGCAUUCCUCAUAAUUUAUUGUUAAAAAAUUAUUCAUUUGUUUGUCUUACAUGAUUUCAGCAAUGGACACUUCAUCGUUGUGAUAAUUAGGUAUCUAACUGCUUUCAACACUCAUGACUGCAACAUGACCAAUCUCAUUAAGUUUGAAGCACUUCAUGUUAAAUUUCUUACAUUCAGAAUUACAUUCAUAAUGAUUUUGAAUGCCGACUGAAAGCAGUCGAAUACUUAUUUGUCCAUUUAAAUAACAAAAAUCGUGGAAAGUUAGACUAUGUCUUGUAAAUGCUUGUUUAGAGAAUAGAGCACCUAUCUCAAGGAGGAUAAGUGAAAUCUAAUGUUACAAUAACAGCCAUAAUAAUGAUGAUGUCAACACACCAAUCAUGACAUUCAUAGCUGGUGUGAAUGCCAUUUGGGCUUGGUAGAGUUAUAAAGUGAGUGUCAUGCCGGAAUAGUAAAUAUUAAACCAUACUAGAUACCAUGAAUGAUUUGGUUGUCUGUAUUUUUUCACAAGAAAAGGACAGAUUUUUUUUUUAAUUUUUGCUUAACGUAGAAUUUUCAAAUUUCAAUUUUGAAGAAAAUAACCUUGUACAUUUGAUUUUAUUGUUGAAUAUGAGUAUACUACUGUGAAUAUAUGCAGAAGGGGACUAUUUUGAAUUCGUGGGAUUAUUUUUCUUAAGGUUCAGUAAUAGUGAAAAUCGUACACAAGGAAAGUCAGGAAGAAGCUAACCUAUUUCUUUAUAUAAAUUACACUGGCGUCUGUUGCUUUACGUUAGUUUUGGUUUUGAUUACUUAUAUUGACGUCGAUCCUUUUAUACUUUUGUAGAUACAUGUAAUAUGUAACAGGUUUUCUGUGGUUCUCUCUAUACCUUUUUAUACAUACCUAGUAAACCCUAAUAUAGCAUACAACCAGUUUUCACGACGUGCAAUACAUGUACACGAGGUGUAUCACCACUGUAGCCGGAAUUACUCAUAUUUUACCUGGAUCUCUACAGUUGUUAUCUAAUGAUCAAAUAGACGAAUUGAAACACAAUUUGGUUCCAAAAAUUAUCUGUCCUCCAUAUCGUUAUUUUCCGCCACAGUUGUUUGGUUCAAGUUUGCAAGAGGUGCAUUUGAUAUAGGGUUAUGAGGGUUUUACAGAAAAUAUAAUAUGUAUAUAUAAAUAAGAAUUGAACAUAUAUUGAAAAGCCAUAAUACAUGUAAUUGUUCAUGUGACAUCUCAGAUUGGACGAUUGUUUUGAGUGCAUGAAUGUGUUUUUAGGGGGCUUCCGGCCCCAGCUGUUCAAAACUAUUGUUAAGUUAAUAAUGUUGUAACACCGUGGUUAGAGUUGUCAGCUUUAAAUAGUUUGGACAACUGGGUCAAGAUGAACAAAUAUGCAUGGUAUACUGCCUAUGCAUUUGUCAAACAUAUGUGAUUUCUAUAGUACAUGAGAAAACAACAUAUGAGAAAACAACAUUCACGAAUUGCCUAUAAACAUAUGUUCCUAUAGGGAACGCAAUACUAGUAACACAUUUUAAAGUCACUCUUUUCCAAGUUUUCGGGCUUAGCCCUUCGUCAGGGAUAUCCAUCUUGACAAACAUGAUAGUUAC